AUGGUCGUCUUUGACGGUCACGAAUACCUCACUGAGGAGGAGAGGCGCCUUAAAGAAGAUCGCGAGCGAACCAAAUACUGGAAGAAAUGGGGUCCAUAUGUUGCCGAACGACAGUGGGCUACAGUGCGAGAGGAUUACAGCGCUGAUGGUGAUGCCUGGAGUCAUUUCCCGCAUGAACAUGCGCGAUCUCGAGCCUUCAGAUGGGGUGAAGAUGGUAUUGCCGGCGUUUCCGAUACCCACGGCCUCCAGAAUAUUGCAUUCAGCUUUUGGAACGAGGAAGAUGAUUUCUUAAAGGAGCGACUGUUCGGUUUAUCGAACCCUCAAGGAAACCAUGGCGAGAGUGUCAAGGAAGCCCACUUCCACGUAGAUAAUACUCCUACACCCAUGAAGCUACAUCCUAUCCCAAGACUAACAAGGCAGCACUCCUACAUGAAAUUUCUGUACAAGUACCCGCAGAAAAAGUUCCCGUACGAAGAUUUGAUAAAAGAGAAUGCGCGCAGAGGCAAAGAAGACAAAGAAUAUCAAAUUAUAGAUACCGGAGUUUUUGACGAAAAUCGGUACUGGGACAUCUUCAUCGAGACUGCCAAGGAAACCGACGACGAGUUGCUAUUCCGAGUCACGGCGUGGAAUCGAGGUCCCGACCCAGCACCUCUGCACAUCAUUCCGCACGUGUGGUUUCGCAACACGUGGAGCUGGGGACGCGAGUCUGAGGAUAAGAAGCCGGCCAUUUCUGUCAAGUCAGAGCUAUCUGCCAAGUCAAAACACUAUAGCCUUGGCGAACGAUACGUCCACUACUCGCCGUCUCCGGGCGUGGGAUCGAGUGGGGAAGAUGUGAUGCCUCGGUGGAUGUUUACGGAAAAUGAUACCAACUAUGAGCUCUUGUAUGAACAGGAGAACAAGCAACCUUAUGUCAAGGACGCAUUCCACAGAUACAUUGUGGAUGGAGAGAAGGCAGCCAUUAACCCGAGAAAUACUGGCACCAAAUCAGCCGCCUGGUUCAACUUCAAUGAGGAUGGCGGCGUAAACCCUGGGGAAUGUGCAGUUGUGCGUUUCCGCUUUAGCAAAGAAAACUUGACAUACCUUGAUGAAGAAGUAUUCGAUGAUAUUAUUGAGAAACGGCGAGAAGAGGCGGAUGAGUUUUAUUACAGAUUAAGCCCUCUUCCCAUGACGGACGAUUUGCGAAAUGUUCAGAGACAGGCCUUUUCCGGAAUGAUGUGGACGAAGCAGCACUACCAUUUCAUUUGGGAUCAAUGGGCGAAAGGCGAUCCUUCAACACCACCACCACCCCCAGAUCGAAUGGGUGUCCGAAACUCACAAUGGAAACACAUGCAUUGUGACGAUAUUCUGUCGAUGCCUGAUUCUUGGGAGUAUCCAUUCUUUGCCGCGUGGGACAGUGCAUUCCAUUGUAUACCAUUGGCCAUGAUUGAUCCCGAUUUUGCCAAAAAGCAGCUUGAUUUAUUUACGCGAGAGUGGUAUUGUCAUCCAAAUGGACAGCUCCCAGCCUACGAAUGGAACUUUGGUGAUGUGAACCCGCCAGUGCACGCCUGGGCAACUUUCAGAACCUUCAAAAUCGAGAGGAAAAUGUACGGGCGCCAAGACCUUGACUUUUUGGAGAGAGUGUUUCAGAAACUGUUGCUCAACUUUACCUGGUGGGUGAAUCGCAAGGACGCGGACGGCAAGAACAUUUUUGAAGGAGGCUUCCUCGGCCUUGACAACAUUGGCUUAUUCAAUCGAUCCGAGCCUUUGCCCACGGGCGGUGUCUUGGAGCAAGCCGACAGCACUGGAUGGAUGGCGUUUUACUGCUUGUCGAUGCUCAAUAUCGCGCUUGAGCUGGCCAAACACCGCCGCAUAUACGAGGACAUUGCCUCAAAGUUCUUUGAGCACUUCAUCUUCAUUAGCGAUGCCAUGACUUUCAGAACCGGCCACAAGGAUGAAAAGUCUCUUUGGAACGAGGAAGACGGUUUCUAUUAUGAUGCCAUCUCGUGGGGCGGCCCGUGGAUCCAGCAGCUUCCUGUUCGCUCUCUCGUCGGCCUUAUCCCGCUGUACGCAACCGCCACUCUGGAACCUGAGCUCCUGAAUAAGCUCCCGUCGUUCCGUAAGCGAGUUGAAUGGUUCGUCCAACAUAGGGAGGACUUGGCCGAAAGAAACAUGGCAAGCAUCCGGAAGAGGGGCAAAGGUGACAGACUGCUUCUCUCGAUUGUCAGCAAAGACAGGCUGGAGAAGAUCCUGAAGCGCAUGCUUGACGAAGACGAGUUCUUUAGCGACCAUGGAAUUCGGUCUCUGUCCAAAUUCCACAAGGAGAACCCCUUUGCCAUGGAAGUCAAUGGCCAGCAGUUCAAGGUUGGCUACGUCCCCGGCGACUCUGAUAGUGGCUUAUUCGGGGGCAACAGUAACUGGAGAGGCCCAAUCUGGCUCUGCGUGAACUUUUUGCUGGUGGAGUCACUCCAGCGCUUCUAUCUCUUUUACGGACCCGAGUUCCAGGUAGAGUGCCCAACUGGAAGUGGCGACUACAUGCAUCUGGGCAAAGUAGCAGAAGAGAUACAGCACCGUCUCCAGCAUCUCUUUGCCCGCACCGACGACGGAAGACGCAGCAUCAACGCUGGCAACGACCGUCUGGACUUUGACGAACACUGGAAGGAUUACCUCUGGUUCUAUGAAUUCUUUGACGGUGAUAGCGGCCGUGGUUUAGGCGCCACCCAUCAGUGCGGCUGGACAGGUCUCAUUGCCAGAAUGAUUCACGACACUGGCACAAAUUGCCGUCUCCCUCAAACCCCACGGACACCCUCCGUGGCAAUGGCCCAUUACUUUGAUGACAUGUUCCAGCGCAGCCUUGAUCUCGGCACGCCGCGAUCCCCGGGCAUGCGGAGGAUCCGUCGCUCGUCUACAGCCCGAUCAAUCGGCGCGAGGAGCGACUUUGACACGUCCGUUAAUGGCGUGGAUGAUGACACUCACUCAGUUAGUAAUUCGGUGUUUCACGAUGAUCCGGACAAGGUUAAGGAGAAGGAAGAGGCGGAUUCACAUUUGCAUCGGUACAUCUCGGAUCAGUUGGAGAGGUACAAGGAUGAGACUUUGAAUGGCGGGCAUGCAGAUGAGUAUGAGACUACGGCUUGA